AUGACUUCCCAAUCCAUCAUUGCGAAAGAAGUUCAAGCACUCUCCUCAUCUUUAUCAUUAACAGCACAAAUUCUUAUUAAUAAUCGUCCGAAUAUUGAUGGAAUGGGCGAAAUCGACAAAAUUAACACAAUUAAUUCUUAUUUAACACAUUUUUUCAAUACAAACGACUCAAUUCCAGCUAUCUUAUAUCACGUAGCUGAAAUAGCAUUAGUUGAUCCAGUUCAAAGUGCACAGAUCUUUAUUUCUUCCUUACCCCAAAUAUCGUUGAGUCCGGAUUACAAAAUACCAAAAGAAAUAACAUACAUAUCAUGGAUAAAUCCAGCUGAUAUAAUUAAUGUUGACGUGCAGUAUUGUUUGCAGUGCAUGAACGAAAUAUUAGCUGCAACUUUUUUGCAACUGCUAUUUUCGGCAGUAACAACACGAAUGGAUGAAGAAAGAUAUAGAGAUGGAAAUGACUUUCAGUCAAUGAUUCAAGCAUUAUAUCGAUUAUUUUACCAACAUGCCUUUGCUUCAAGAGAUAAUACCUAUAUUAUACGAGUUUCGAUGAUUUCAGCAAGCCACUGGUCUCGCGCUUUAUAUUAUAUUACUCCAUUCGUUACAGAUCAUGCACAUGAGACUUUAACUGCCGCAAUGAAAAUGACAAUGACAAAUCCUAUCAUGACAUCAAUUUUAAACCUUCGAGUUUUUACCGGAUUUAAUCCAAGUAAAAUUGGAAUCAAGCAAUUAGACAAAUUUUCUCAAAAUCUCACCGAAAUCUCAAAAGUUCUUCAAAAUAAUAAGAACAACUUCCAGUUACUAGAUACCGUUUGCCAAUUCAUACUUGCUUAUCUUUGCAGCACUUUAUCAAUUUAUACAGACGAAUUAGACGUAACUAACUUCCUAAAACCAAUACAAAAAUUCAUUAAUAAAUGCCUAUCACAAUUCGAGAUUCCUUUACCUGUUCCUGAAAUCCAGGCAAUGAUUUUAUAUUAUACCAACGAUUCUACGAAAAAAAUGACUCAAUUCAUAGAGAAAAGUCUUCUACCACUUAUCAAUUACCCAUUACGAGCCAAAAAUUUCAUCAGAGCUUUGACCAUUUUAUUUGCAGGUCCGAAUUACAACAAAGAGAUCAGUUUAGAGCGAUCUCAGCAGCCAAAAAGGCCACCAGGGAAGCGUAAGAUCCCUCUCACCACCAUAUUUAGUGCUUUGGAUAACGCCAUCCAAAAAGUCAGAUAUUUCAUUGACGCACAGAACGAAUUAUCCAAAUUCUUUGUACAACUUGCAUCAUACGACCUUAGCGCAUACUUUACAGUCAGAUCUUCUGUUGUUGCCUCUUCAUUAUUUGCAAAUAAUAAUCAUCUUGCAUUUACAGCAUCGACAACCGCAAUGUUGGUGCAUGGAUCCGCAUUCUUUGGCAAUAAGAACCUCAUGGAUGUUAUUGAGAAGUCCGCCCAAGAAGUAAUUAAACGAUUUAUCCGAGAAAACACGAUUUCUUUAGCUCCGAUGAAUGCCGAGCUAUUUCUUGUCCAAUCCCUUGUUUCCGCGAUCAAAACCACCGACAUGCCAUUGAAUUCCUUCCUCCAAGUUCUUCCGAAAAUUUCGCAUCCGAUGCCUCCAGAAUGCAUCACCGGAAAAAUCAUAAAAGUGAGAUGGGACAGACUCGGCUCACGUACAAUAGAGAACAAACUGUUCGAGCAUUACGUUCCCCAUCCACUGCUUGCAUCAGGAUAUUCAUCACAGCAAGCCGCGAGAAAAUUUGACGGACCAAUUGGAAUUUUGAACAUUUGGAUAUUUACAAAGAUAAAGAAAGACCAAGUACAAUACAUUCCACCAUUUAUUUUGUCAUCAUCGAAUGAGAUUGCUGCUAUGGCAAUUCACACAUUGCAAGCUUGUCUCCAUCGACAAGACCAGAUCCUCAAAGAUUUAGUUUGUUCAAUUACUCCUUUAGUUUUCAAAUGUCCGACAAUAGAAAUCGCUCAUUUAUUCAGAAUUGUCUACGCGAUGGAACAAGUUUUGGACAGCGCUGUGUACAUGAAACUGCCAAGAGAAGAAGAGAUGAUUGUUCCUAUUGUACAAAUCGGUGUUCUCGGUUUAUGUUCUUCAUUUUCUUACAUAAGAAGUGAAGCGAUAAAGUUACUUCACUUGGCCGAGCCAUUUAUCGGUCCAAAACCAUUCGAAAACUUCUGGAAUAACGAAGAAUUAUCGACUAGGAAGCCAUCUAUCACUGCCCAAAAGUCUUAUUUGUUGGAUUUCUUGUCAAGCGAGUUAUAUCAUUUCAAUGAUUUCGCUGUUUCAAGUUACAACAACAUUUACCAGUUCUUUUUGGCAAGUUACGCAUCGAGUUUCGAAAAAUAUGACAGAGAAAUUUUGUCAUUUUUACUCAAAUGCCUUGAUUUCUUUGAGAUUGGACCAUGCGACACAAUAUUCCUCCAAAACAUCAUUGUUUUUGUUGUCAACGUCAUUAAACCAGAAAACAUUGAUUUAGUGAACAUGGAACAAUUCUGGAGAACAAAGAUUCUCAAGUACAAGACUGACAACCAAUCCAUUGGUGUCGCUUUGUUCUCUUUCAUCCAUCCAUGCACUAUUCCGACAUUCAUGAUACCUCUGAAAGGUUUAAUGGUUCCAACUUCAUUUAGAUUGUCACUUUUGGUGUCAGAACACAAAGACAACAAAGAGUUGAUUCCUUACGUGAACCAGAUGCUUGAAAAAAUUUAUACUAGUUUUGAAGAAGAUGACGCAAACAUUAUGGCGUUGACUUAUAAUCUUUUGACAGGAAAAACGGUUUUCAGUCGUUUCUACAAUGAAAUGACGAUUAAUACACAUUCACCAUUCCCAAGAAAGAAAACAGUUUUACCGAAAGUCAACUACGACUGUGAAGGUAUCUCGUGGUAUGACAUUCUUUCAAAGAUUAUAAGUUCUAACACACAAAACUGGGAAUUGAUAAUUGACUGUUAUAAAGCGGUUAUGUCAGUUUUGCCACCAAGUGAAGAAGCAAUUAACGAUAUGCUUCAAAACGACUUGAUCACGAGCUCAAGUUUGUUACCACAAAUUUAUAGAUGGGCAUUUGAAGCGAAAGCAGAUUUAUUCUUAGAACAAAGUGAAACGAAACCACAUUUCUUUGCUGCUUUCGGAGGAAUGUUCACUCAUUUUGGCCAACCUGAUGAAUACUUUAACCAAUGGAAGUUCUCUGUUGCAGGUCCUCCAAGUGGUCAUUUCUCAGAAUUUAUUUAUUCACAUGCAGGAGAUUUGAUUGCUUUAUCAUUAUUCUAUUUGAUGUACGAUUGCGACCAAUCAUUUAAACCACAAGCUUUGGAUGUUUUAGUCGCAGUUUGCUUGACUUGUCUGCUUCCAAUGGAUGUCACCAAGACAGCACAAAUCUUCAAGCAGAUGACAAUCCUGAAGAGAUAUCUAACAAGACCAUUAAGUGUUGUUUUGGAAAUUGAAUUACUUAAAUGUUCCCAAAUGUUGUCAGAAAUGAUGUCAUUUUGCGGAGAACAGUUUAUCUGCAAAUCAUUGAAGAUGUCUAAAUAUAAUACUCGUCUUGUUAUAAUGAUCAUUCCAUGGCUCAAUGAUGUUCAAAUUUCUCCAGAUUCUGAUUCUGUUACAAGCCAGACAUAUGAUUUGUUCAAGACAUUGAGACCAAUAGACUUCUUUAAAUUGUUAUGCGAAGUUCCACAAAGUUCUGCAGUUAACAAAGCGAUCUCUAUGAUUACAAGUCAGUCAUCUUUCGCAUUCGACUUGUUCUUCAGCUAUUUGUACAACAUGAUUGAUACAAAUGUUGAAACUGUUCAUCAAGUUUUCGCUUUCUUGAUUGUCAAAGCUCCUGUCGCAACAAUUGUUGCUGCAUCGAGGUUUUCUACUCCUGCUUUCUUCUGUAUUUUGAAUGAUUCGCAUAGAUUCAAGCGUGUCAUUUCAUUUUCAGUUGAUGCAUUGAACAGAGCACCUCCAAGCGCCGUCAAAGUUGCAAAUGCAUGCAUCAAUGAUGUGAUUGCAGCUGCAGAUGUUGCAGGUGUUCCAUCGAAAUUGUUGAAAGACAAAUUCGCUGCAAAUUAUGAUCAAGAAAUGAUGACAAAGCUGAUCAUGGAUUGGGCAAGAGUUCCUGAUUCAACGAUCUCAAGUAUGGCUUUGUCAUUGUUAGGAAAACACAUUGAUACAAUGUGUCCUGAUGAUGUUUCUGGUGAUUAUAAAUAUGCAGCUUACGAAAUUGGAACAGGUGAGAAUUUGGAUGAUGAAUAUUUGUUACCAAGAAUGAAGACAAUUUCAGCUUCUUUGUCAUUGAUAUCAAUAGGAAUUCCAAACAAAGAACAGUUCUGGGAUGCAGUUUCUUUCCUUUCUUACAGAGAUGAUAGAAGCGUGUUCAUUAUUGCUUCUGCAUUAGCUGUUGUUUCUAAGACGUUUUCAAAGACAUUUAGAGAUGUUGGAGAUCCUCCAGAAAACUUCCCUGGAUUCCUUCCUUUGAUGAUUGAUUCGAUCAUCACGAAAGAGACAAGGAAAUUAUGGUUUGAUGUUAUAAGAAAGGUCGAUUUGAGAAUACCAGAAUUGAUUGCUCCAAAUGAUUGUCCGCUUUUGAAGUUGUUUGAAAUUGAUAAUUUCCCAAUUCAUCCUUCAAGUAUAACAGAAAGGUCGAAUGCGAAAGAUGUUUAUAACUCUUUUGAUCAAGAAACGAAACAAAGAAUUAUGAACUUCUUGGCACAAUACGUUCAAACAACUCUCGAAAAUAUCGAUGAAAGAGAACCAAUUAUCGAUUUGAUCGCAAUGCUCAUCGAAUGCGACCAAUCAUUAGAUUUCACUAAUUUCGUAACUCUUGCAAUAUUAAUGAAGGGUGAAUACCUCAAGGGAAUUAGAUCUACUCACCCUUAUUUGUUGAGAGUUUUCGCAAGAGUUCAAUUAGUUCUGAAACAACCAAACUAUACAUUCAAACCAUUCCCAAUUAUUUUCGAUAAACAACCAGGAGUUAGAAGGUUUAUUGAUUCAGAUAAGGACUUACAAGAGAAGUGGAACCUUGUAACUGACAAAAAAUCAUUUGUUCCUCCAGAAACAAAAGUCAUUUUACCGGUUAUUACAGAAGAAUUAAUUAACGAACUCUCUUCACUCAUUUAG